UCACUCAUGACCCUGUGACAUCAGCGGCAGCAGCUGUCUCUGUGGCCCGGCCCCCCCGCCGGCCAAGUCCCCCAGAGUUCCAGCCCCAGCCUGAGGUGGGCACGACACUCCAGGCUUGUCAGCCACCACUCCACUCCCAUCUAACAGCUGAAGUCAUGCAGUUCCCGGAGUUUGGGCCCAGGAGGUAUUGAGGGCUCUGGGGCAUUGGCCCCAAGUCGCCAAGGCUGGAGAGGAUCUUGUUGGUCUGCUGUCAGUCUUGAAGGCAGCCCACCCCACUGCUGGGGAGAGUGCAGUGCAGAGCCGGGAGAGGGAUGCUCUGUGCCCAGCGUCUGUGCAGCAGGAGCAGCAGCUGGACCUUGCAGGCACAUCUCCCAGUUCUGACAGGGCCUGCACACACACCUCCCUGGCCCAGCCUCUGGGCAGGCAGGAGGUGAGGCGUGGACCACAGGUCCAGCUGGACUGGCCACCCAACCCUCUGCAUCUGUACACUGCAGCUAGCUGACCGCCUGCCAUUCGCCUGGCCCCUGAGCCCAGGAUGCAAGGAUGGCCAGCUCAGCUGUGCCCAACCUACCCCUGGGCCCCCCAUGCCUGCGUCCCUUCACCCGGGAGUCCCUAGCAGCCAUAGAGCAGCGGGCAGUGGAGGAGGAGGCCCGGCUGCAGCGGAAUAAGCAGAUGGAGAUUGAAGAGCCCGAACGGAAGCCACGCAGUGACCUGGAAGCUGGCAAGAACCUGCCACUUAUCUAUGGGGACCCCCCACCAGAAGUCAUUGGCAUUCCUCUCGAGGACAUAGAUCCCUACUACAGUGACAAGAAGACCUUCAUCGUGCUCAACAAGGGCAAGGCCAUCUUCCGCUUCUCUGCCACACCUGCCCUCUACAUGCUGAGUCCAUUCAGCGUGGUCAGGCGGGGUGCCAUCAAGGUGCUCAUCCAUUCGCUGUUCAGCAUGUUCAUCAUGAUCACCAUCUUGACCAACUGUGUGUUCAUGACCAUGAGUGACCCACCUCCCUGGUCCAAGAAUGUGGAGUACACCUUCACAGGGAUCUAUACCUUUGAGUCCCUCAUCAAGAUGCUGGCCCGAGGCUUCUGCAUCGAUGACUUCACAUUCCUCCGAGACCCUUGGAACUGGCUGGACUUCAGUGUCAUUCUGAUGGCGUACGUGACAGAAUUUGUGGACUUGGGCAACAUCUCAGCCCUGAGGACUUUCCGGGUGCUUCGAGCCCUGAAAACCAUCACAGUCAUCCCAGGGCUGAAGACAAUCGUGGGGGCACUGAUCCAGUCGGUGAAGAAGCUGUCGGACGUGAUGAUCCUCACCGUUUUCUGCCUGAGUGUCUUUGCCCUGGUGGGGCUGCAGCUCUUCAUGGGAAACCUGAGGCAGAAGUGCGUCCGCUGGCCCCCUCCCUUCAAUGAUACCAAUGCUACGUGGUCUGGCAACGACACGUGGUACGGCACUGACACGUGGUACAGCAACUACACGUGGGGCAGCCACGAGAGCUGGGCCAGCAAUUACACCUUCGACUGGGAUGCGUACAUCAACGAUGAAGGGAACUACUAUUUCCUGGAGGGUGCCAACGAUGCUCUGCUCUGUGGGAACAGCAGUGAUGCUGGGCACUGUCCUGAGGGUUAUGAGUGCAUGAAGGCCGGGCGCAACCCCAACUAUGGCUACACCAGCUACGACACCUUCAGCUGGGCCUUUCUGGCUCUCUUCCGCCUCAUGACACAGGAUUACUGGGAGAACCUCUUCCAGCUGACUCUUCGAGCAGCAGGCAAGACCUACAUGAUCUUCUUUGUGGUCAUCAUCUUCCUGGGCUCCUUCUAUCUCAUCAAUCUGAUCCUGGCAGUGGUGGCCAUGGCAUAUGCUGAGCAGAAUGAGGCCACCUUAGCCGAAGAUCAGGAGAAAGAGGAGGAGUUUCAGCAGAUGCUUGAGAAAUUCAAAAAGCAGCAGGAGGAGCAGGAGAAAGCCAAGGCUGCCCAGGCUCUGGAAGGUGUGGGGGCAGAUGGAGACCUGGCUCAUGGCAAAGACUGCAAUGGCAGCCUGGACACGUCUGGGGAGAAGGGACCCCCAAGGCCGAGCUGUAGCGCAGAAAGUGCCAUCUCGGAUGCUAUGGAGGAGCUGGAAGAGGCCCACCAGAAGUGCCCACCAUGGUGGUACAAAUGUGCGCACACAGUGCUCAUAUGGAACUGCUGUGUGCCAUGGGUGAAGUUCAAACACAUCAUCUACCUGAUCGUCAUGGACCCCUUCGUGGACCUGGGCAUCACCAUCUGCAUCGUGCUCAACACCCUCUUCAUGGCCAUGGAGCAUUAUCCUAUGACUGAGCAGUUUGACAAUGUGCUCUCCGUGGGCAAUCUGGUCUUCACGGGCAUCUUCACAGCUGAGAUGGUGCUGAAGCUAAUCGCCUUGGACCCCUACGAGUAUUUCCAGCAGGGCUGGAACAUCUUCGACAGCAUCAUUGUCACCCUCAGCCUGGUGGAGCUGGGCCUGGCCAACGUGCAGGGGCUGUCUGUGCUCCGCUCCUUCCGUCUGCUCCGGGUCUUCAAACUGGCUAAGUCAUGGCCAACGCUCAACAUGCUCAUCAAGAUCAUCGGUAACUCAGUGGGGGCCCUGGGCAACCUCACGCUGGUGCUGGCCAUCAUCGUGUUCAUCUUCGCCGUGGUGGGCAUGCAGCUGUUUGGCAAGAGCUACAAGGAGUGCGUGUGUAAGAUCGCCUCGGACUGCAACCUGCCACGCUGGCACAUGCACGAUUUCUUCCACUCCUUCCUCAUCGUCUUCCGCAUCCUGUGUGGGGAGUGGAUCGAGACCAUGUGGGACUGCAUGGAGGUGGCCGGCCAGGCCAUGUGCCUCACCGUCUUCCUCAUGGUCAUGGUCAUCGGUAACCUGGUGGUCCUGAACCUGUUUCUGGCCCUCCUGCUAAGCUCCUUCAGUGCCGACAGCCUGGCAGCCUCAGACGAGGAUGGUGAGAUGAACAACCUGCAGAUCGCUAUCGGGCGCAUCAGAUGGGGCAUCGGCUUUGCUAAGGCCUUCCUCUGGGGGCUGCUGCACGGCAAAAUCCUGAGCCCCAACGAGAUAAUGCUCAGCCUCGGAGAGCCGGGGGGUACUGGAGAGGCUGGAGAGGCGGGGGAGAGUGCCCCUGAGGAUGAGAAGAAGGAGCCACCCCCUGAGGAAGAGGACAAGGACCUGAAGAAGGACAAUCACAUCCUGAACCAUGUGGGCCUGGCCAAUGGCUCUCCCUCCACCAUCGAGCUAGACCACCUCAAUUUCAUCAACAACCCCUACCUGACCAUUCAGGUGCCCAUUGCCUCUGAGGAGUCCGACCUAGAGAUGCCAACCGAGGAGGAAACCGACACAUUUUCGGAACCUGAGGAUGGCAAGAAACCGCUGCAGCCCCUCUACGAUGGGAACUCCUCCGUCUGCAGUACUGCUGAUUACAAACCCCCCGAGGAGGACCCCGAGGAGCAGGCUGAGGAGAACCCUGAGGGGGAGCAGCCUGAGGAGUGCUUCACCGAAGCCUGUGUGCAGCGCUUCCCCUGCCUCUACGUGGACAUCUCUCAGGGCCGCGGGAAGAUGUGGUGGACACUGCGCAGGGCCUGCUUCAAGAUUGUUGAACACAACUGGUUUGAGACCUUCAUUGUCUUCAUGAUCUUGCUCAGCAGUGGGGCCCUGGCCUUUGAAGACAUCUACAUCGAGCAGCGACGAGUCAUCCGCACCAUCCUAGAAUACGCUGAUAAGGUCUUCACCUACAUUUUCAUUAUGGAGAUGCUGCUCAAAUGGGUGGCAUACGGCUUCAAGGUGUACUUCACCAACGCCUGGUGCUGGCUCGAUUUCCUCAUUGUGGAUGUCUCCAUCAUCAGCCUGGUAGCCAACUGGCUGGGCUACUCUGAGCUGGGACCCAUCAAAUCCCUGAGAACGCUUCGAGCCCUGCGACCCUUGAGGGCACUGUCUCGAUUCGAGGGCAUGAGGGUGGUGGUGAACGCCCUCCUGGGAGCCAUCCCUUCCAUCAUGAACGUGCUGCUUGUCUGCCUCAUCUUCUGGCUCAUCUUCAGUAUCAUGGGCGUCAACUUGUUCGCUGGGAAGUUCUACUACUGCAUGAACACCACCACCUCGGAGAGGUUCGACAUCUCAGAGGUCAACAACAAGUCCGAGUGUGAGAGCCUCAUGCACACGGGCCAGGUGCGCUGGCUCAACGUCAAGGUCAACUAUGACAACGUGGGCCUCGGCUACCUCUCCCUCCUCCAGGUGGCCACCUUCAAGGGUUGGAUGGAUAUCAUGUACGCCGCCGUGGACUCCCGGGAGCAGGAGGAGCAGCCACAGUAUGAAGUGAACCUCUACAUGUACCUCUACUUUGUCAUCUUCAUCAUCUUUGGGUCCUUCUUCACACUCAACCUCUUCAUCGGUGUCAUCAUCGACAACUUCAACCAGCAGAAGAAGAAGUUUGGAGGAAAAGACAUCUUCAUGACAGAGGAACAGAAGAAAUACUACAAUGCUAUGAAGAAGCUUGGCUCCAAGAAGCCUCAGAAGCCGAUUCCACGGCCCCAGAACAAGAUCCAAGGCUUGGUGUACGACUUCGUGACAAAACAGGUAUUUGACAUCACCAUCAUGAUCCUCAUUUGCCUCAACAUGGUCACCAUGAUGGUGGAGACGGAUGACCAGAGCCAGCUCAAGGUGGACAUCCUGUACAACAUCAACAUGAUCUUCAUUGUCAUCUUCACCGGGGAGUGUGUGCUCAAGAUGUUCGCCUUGCGCCAGUACUAUUUCACCAUCGGCUGGAACAUCUUCGACUUUGUGGUCGUCAUCCUGUCCAUUGUGGGUCUUGCACUCUCCGACCUGAUCCAGAAAUACUUUGUGUCGCCCACCCUGUUCCGUGUGAUCCGCUUGGCUCGCAUUGGGCGUGUCCUGCGGCUAAUCCGUGGGGCCAAGGGCAUCCGAACGCUGCUGUUUGCCCUCAUGAUGUCACUGCCUGCCCUAUUCAACAUCGGCCUCCUCCUCUUCCUGGUCAUGUUUAUCUAUUCCAUCUUCGGCAUGUCCAACUUUGCCUACGUCAAGAAAGAAUCGGGCAUCGACGACAUGUUCAACUUUGAGACAUUUGGCAACAGCAUCAUCUGCCUCUUUGAAAUCACCACAUCAGCUGGCUGGGAUGGGCUUCUGAACCCCAUCCUCAACAGUGGGCCCCCAGAUUGUGACCCCACACUAGAGAACCCCGGCACCAGUGUCAAGGGUGACUGCGGCAACCCAUCCAUUGGGAUCUGCUUCUUCUGCAGCUACAUCAUCAUCUCCUUCCUCAUUGUGGUCAACAUGUACAUCGCCAUUAUCCUGGAGAACUUCAACGUGGCAACCGAGGAGAGCAGUGAGCCCCUUGGUGAAGAUGACUUCGAGAUGUUCUAUGAAACAUGGGAGAAAUUCGACCCUGACGCCACGCAGUUCAUUGACUACAGCCGCCUGUCUGACUUCGUGGACACCCUGCAGGAACCCCUGAGAAUUGCCAAGCCUAACAAAAUCAAGCUCAUCACUCUGGACCUACCCAUGGUGCCAGGAGACAAGAUCCACUGUCUGGACAUCCUCUUUGCCCUGACUAAAGAGGUGCUGGGUGACUCUGGGGAAAUGGAUGCCCUCAAGCAGACCAUGGAGGAGAAGUUCAUGGCUGCCAAUCCCUCUAAGGUCUCCUACGAGCCCAUCACCACCACCCUGAAGAGGAAACAUGAGGAGGUGUGUGCCAUCAAGAUCCAGAGAGCCUACCGCCGGCAUCUGCUGCAGCGCUCUCUGAAGCAGGCAUCCUACAUGUACCGCCACAGCCAGGACGGCAACGGGGACGGGGAUGGGGGGGCCCCUGAGAAGGAGGGGCUGAUCGCCAAUGCCAUGAGCCAGAUGUAUGGCCCAGAGAAUGGGAAGACCAGUGUACAGAGCCAAGGGCAGGAGGAGGGUUCCACGGGGGACACUGGACUCGCCAUGGGGCUCGUGCCCAUCAACCCCUCAGAUACUACGCUGCCUCCCUCCCCGCCACCAGGGCAGACAGUGCGCCCAGGGGUCAAAGAGUCUCUUGUCUAGCGAGCAGUUAACAAGGUGACCAGCUGAGCCUUGGUGCGUCCAAAGCUCCCCCGAGUGCCUGUGCACUGUUUGAGGGAGCAGGGUUUUGAGUCCAGGACUACACCCAGCUCCCUGUAGGGGACAGGAUUUGGCCGUGCUGAGUCUGGCUCCCAGGCUUUGAGAAGUGGGAACUGCAUUCAGGGACCCACGCUGGCCUGAAGCCCUUGCCUCCAUGAUUUCAUCCUGAGUUGCUCUGACCUCCUCAUGGACCCUGCUGUUCCUCCUUCUGGCCUGAAGGAGGGUAGAACAUGAGGAUCUCUGCCCCUUAGGUGGGAAUGAGCCAGCCUACAGUGGAGGGAUUGGCUACCCUCCUGUCACCAGAGUCUUAAGGGCUACUGACUUCUCCCCAGGAAGUGGCCCAAGGCCCCCAGCUCCAGGCCAGACAUCUUCACCUCAACUAGUGCAGACACCUGAGCUCAGGACUCAGCCAGCCCUCUCCCUCUCACUCUGGGGUGCGGCUUCCCACUACCAGCUCAGGAAUUCCCUGGAGAAGGGAAAUAUUAUUCAUCCAGAAAUUGCCCUCACAAACCUGAUUGGCCACUGGAUCUUGGGCUGGUAUUGAGUCCUGAAACCUUUUCCUGGGCCCUGUCUAGGCCCAUGGAGAGCUCCUGACUGGCCUCUAGCAGAGGAGCAGAAGGAAGAAUUCCACUUGGAAAUUACCUUUUCUAUGAAGCAUGGAUGUGAAAUACAGGCCGGGUCCUGCCAACUGUGUGGCCACACUUAGCCUGGGUAGAUCAGGGAUCCUGAUGCUGAAUGAGAGCCUGGGUAGAUCAGGGAUCCUGAUGCUGAAUGAGAAGACCCUGUUCCUACUCUUUCUUGUCUCCUCUUGCCUUCAGUAGACCACCAGGGCCCCUUGGAGCCCCAUCCAGCCUCAGAAAUCUCUCCUUCCUCAUCUUUUCCCAUGCCUACGUAUCCUUCUCACGUCUUUUAAGUGGCCCUAAGAAUGUUAUAGUGGAACUCAUGUGACAGGUGUUGAUACUGGGGCAUGCAGCUCGCCUCAUUUGGGCUCAGCCUUCCAACUUCCUGCUGCCUGGAACUGCUGAUCUGGACAUGGUGGCAUCAGUCUUUGCUAGCUCCUGAAAAGCAGAGGCCGAACUGGGAGGAUAUGAGAGUCCUCCUCAGAGGCCUCUGGGUUCUGUCACCUGUGCGUGUGUGACUGUGUGUCUGCUUGUAGGCUGAGCAGAUACUAUAUGUGUGCUCAGGUUCACACUGUGUGUGUGAACCACUGUAGAGCAGUGUCUGCAGAAGCAAGUGUGUCUGGGUUUCUUCGUGUCUCUGUGUAUCAGUGUGCCCUGGAGUGUCUGAGGUCCAUGUGAGUACAGCUGGUGUGUGUGUGUGUCUGUGUGUGUGUGUGUGUGUGUGUGUGUGUGUGUGUGUUCUGUGCUGGCCUGUUCAUAUAUUCAUAUGAGAGCGUAGACCUGUGCCCUGAAGGUCCAGUGAUUGUGAUAUUGUGUAAGAUUUGUGCUUUGGGUCCCCUAUUGACUUAAGUUCCUCUUCUUUUUCCUCUUGUUUCUCAUGAACAGUUCGGUUAAAACUCAGGAAGCUGCAAAACCCUUUUAAAAAGAUACGAAUGUGUUCACGCGCACAGGGGCCCAUGGGCCAGGGUCUCCUUCUUGUCUGCCCUGUUCUCCUGCCCUCCGGGUCCUGCCUGGGGGUCUCUUUCCCUCCUUCCCCACAAGCUUCUCUCUUCCCAUUCCUGUUCUUGUUCCCAUCCCUGUGGCCUCAGCCCUGCUCCCUGCUCCCUGGCGAUGGGAGGAUGCCUCAACUCCUUCCAUCUCUUCCUGCCAUAGCGGGUGAGCCUCCCCCUUCCCAGCCCCCUGCCCCUCUGGCACAGAGCCUUGGGAAUCUGUUGGAUUGGACGUUCCUUGUCCAUUGCAGAGGAAGAGCAGAUGGGCAGGGCCUGGCUUCUUCCUGCCUGUGGCCCUCUUCCCUGCAGACUGACACCCAUUCCUACCUUGUCGAGGUGGGAACCAGCCUGGAGCCAAGCUGGAAGACGAACUUCUUUGUACAGUUCUCUUUGUACAAUAAACCCUCCCCUGGUGCCGCA